UUUGUUUGUUUGUUUGUUAAUUUAUUUAUUUACCAGUUUUCUUUGCACUUGUGUGGGGAAGCGGAACUUUGUUCUGAGGCGCCUCGUUCCGCCCGGACUGUUUAACCGUCGGACCAGAGUCUCCACGGUCGGUCACAGCUCCGUCCUGUUUACCUGGAAGGAUGGCUCAGGCGGACAGCAGGGUUCUGGUUCUGGGAGCGCUGGCCGGAGRGGCCGGCCUCGGCCUGGCUGUGGUUUGUUACAGGGGUUUAAAUUCGAAGCGAAGGAGCUCCUGGGCGGGCUUCCACCAUAACCGCAGCGACGGGCACGGGUCCGGGCUCACGGUGGUGGACGGUCCGGGUCUUCCCAGAGGCCAGGCCGAGGUGCUGGAGCGCCUGGAGGCCCUGAUCCAGUGCGUGUCAGAGCUGAAGGACGAGAUGAAGGCGCUGAAGACCGCUCUGCCCUCGCUGCAGGACCACGUCAGGGAGGAGCUGCGGGGCCACGGCACGGCCCACCGAGUCAGUCCUCUGCACAGAACCAGGAGGAAAAGGACCGCAGGGACCACGUCCAGACCCGAGGGACAGAGCUCUGAGGACGCCGAGAGCGAGGGAGGGUACAUUACGGCUCUGACCGARUCGGAGGAUGAAGACGAGCAAAGCGAAGCAGAGCAGAACAGUGAAGAAGAAGACGAGGACCAGCUGUCAGUCCUCCUGGAAAGGAUCGACCGUUUACGUCAGGGCGACGAGUCAGGAAAAAGAGAGAGUCUGGACAUCCUGCUGGAGCAAAAAGACCAGUUUGGACAGAGCUCUGCGUUUCUGUGGCGGCUGACCCGAGCGUACUGUGARGUCCACGACCUCUGCAGCUCGCUGGAGGAGAAGAAGACUCACGCAGAGAGAGGGAAACAAGUCGGAGAAGAAGCAAUUCACCUGAAUCCUACAUGUGCUGAAAGUCACCAAUGGUACGCCGUUAUGUGUGGAAUUAUGGCAGAAUAUGACACGAUACAGAACAGGAUAAAGAACGGCUACAUCUUUAAGGAUCAUCUGGAUAAAGCCAUCGAGCUGAACCCGCAGGACCCCCUGUCCUACUACCUGCUGGGCCGCUGGUGCUACACUGUUGCUCAGUUGUCGUGGAUUGAGAGAAAAGUUGCCACAACUCUGUUCGGAGAACCUCCCAGUGCCACCAUUGAAGACGCUCUGAAGAAUUUUCUCAAAGUGGAAGAGCUUCAUCCUGCUUACUCCAAACUGAAUUAUGUGUUUCUGGCCAAGUGCUACAAAUAUCUGGGACYGAUGGAGAAGGCCAGGAAGAUGUGUGAAGCUGCUUGUUCUAUGAAGAACGUCUCCAAAGAGGAUGAAGAAGCACAAAAGGAGUUGGAUGUUCUGUGUCCYGCACUUGGAGUGUGACAACAGUGGAAGAAUCAUGCAGACUUUUUAAAUUUAUGAAUAAAAAUGUUGUUUUUCUGUUUGAACACACUGAAUGUUAGGCCGUGGUUUUAAAUCACUCUGUGAGUGGAGAGACGUGUUCUGGUGUCAGAGACAAACAUCUGUCAGAGCAAUAAGCAGCAUUUAACGCGGUCUUUGUUGAAAUUCUGACUUUCGUUGUAAUAAUAAUAAUAAUAUGUUUUUAAAAUACUAGAAAACAUUUUUUCUUUCUCUCUGUUAGAAGUUCAAACCCUCUGAGGCUAAACUCUUCAGAACUCAUUUUUAACAGUAGGAUACAGCCAGGGAAGUCAUUUAUAACAUCUACUUUUAUUUCAGUCAAAAGAAAUCUUGCAAGUUACGCUCAGACUGACACUUGUCUGCAGGCU